CAAUUCUUCAUCAUCAUUAAUUGAUUUUUAUCUUCAAUUGCUUCAAUGAUUCAAACUAUGGAUGUUCAUGAAGAUCAAGAUUUGGAUGGGUUACCAAAUGUACCAUCAUCAAGAUACCGAAACUCGGAUGUUCAUGAUGCCAAUAUUGAAGAUGGUAAUUCGGCUAAUUGGAUUGGAAAAGACUUUGAUGAUCAAGAUUAUGGAGAAGAUUCAGAAGAAUAUUAUAUAGAUGAAACACUGGCAUGGAAUGUUAUACCAAGUGAUGAAUCAAACCAAGAAAAGGAGCCACAAGAACAACAACCUUCAAAAAAACGAAAAUUUGCAACCCCACAAAAACGAAGACAACCAAAAAAACCAACACAAACAAAAAAAUCACCACCACCACAAAAACGAACACAAGAAAAAUACCCAACAAAACCAAAACCCAAAAACAAAACAAAAAAAAAGACUCAAAAAGAGUUAAGGGAUCGGAUUAACCUAACUAGACGAGGUGAGGGUAGAGAUAAUUGUACCGCUCCUGUUUGGAAAUACUUCGAGAUAGAAUGGAUAAAGGAGGACGAUGGAAUUGAAAGAAAGUGGGCCGAAUGUAAUUAUUGUUUACAUUUACUAGCUGCGGAUCCAAACCGGAAUGGGACAACUUCAAUAAAUAAGCAUUUUAAUGGGUGCAAGUUAUAUCUAGACAACAUACCGAAAGAAGUUGAUGACAAACAACAAAAGUUGUCAUUUACGAAAGCUCCUAAUGGUGAGGGUCAUGUAUACAUAUGGAAACAUGAUGAUACUAGGAUCCAACUUGCCUUGCCAGGCCUUUUCACCAUCGGCGAACUACCAUUUAAAUUAAUUGAAAACGAGGCAUUCAUAGAAUUUGUGAACGCCCUCAAUGGUAGGGUGAAAUUGCCUUCAAGGCAUAAAAUUUCUCGUGAUGUUGUGUCAUUCUAUUUAAUGGAGAGGCAGAAGUUGUACAAACAUUUGAGCAACCCCAAAACAGCCAUCCACUUGACAACCGACACGUGGACAUCCUCGUGUCAAAAGAUAAAUUAUAUGGUUGUCACGACCCACUUCAUUACCGAAGAUUUUGUCAUGCACAAAAGGGUAGUCAACUUUAGAGAGGUUGAUACUCACAAAGCUGAAGACAUGGCCCGGGAGUUGCUAAUUUGCAUAAACCAGUGGGGGAUGAAGAAUGUCAUGACGAUGACCGUUGAUAAUGCCAAGACAAAUGACGCGGCAAUCAACAUCAUUGUGAAAGAACUACCGGGUAUUUACGAGAUUGGAAAACAUUUUCACAUUAGGUGUAUGGCUCAUAUCAUAAACCUAGUUGUGAAAAUGGGGUUAAAACACGAAGUUUAUCAUAUCCAAUGUUUUCAGAAAACUGUGGGAAGGGUACCAUCACAUUCAGAUUUUGAGAUGAUUAAAAAGAUGAUGGAGUUCCUUGAGAAGUUUAAGAAGAAAACUGAAAAAGUUUCGUGUUCAACAAAGCCUAUCUUCCAUACGUAUACCCGGGAGAUCCUAGAUAUAGAGCAACAUCUUAGGAAACAUGAAACCAACCUGGAUUUUAUGUUUAUGGUACCAGAUAUGAAAGAUAAAUAUGACAAAUAUUGA